AUAAUGUUGCCAAUCUUGCCUUCCCUUGGCUUGUUUAUUGUAGGUUCCAAUAUUUUCCAAUUUUCCAUUACUCAUUUCAUAUUUGCUUCAAUUUUGAUCUUCAUCAAUCCUCUUCUAUGGUGUAGCCGCUAAUUGCACCAACCCAACCCAACCCUUUCCCAAAUCCUCUCCCCUUUUUUCUUGGAUUGUGAUCCUCCCAAAAUCAUCAAAAAUCCAAUUUCAAAACCCAUCUUAAGAUUUCUUCUUUCUUUUUUUGACUCUUAAUUUUACCUCAUCUUCUUCCCAUCAUCUCACCUACUACCCUCCAAAAUUAAAUCAUCAAAUUAGGGGAGAAAUUUGUGAGAAAAUGAUGGGAUUUUGAGAUGGGUUUUUGAUUUUCUGUAUGUUUAUGUAAUUAAAAAUGAGGGAUCCAAUGUGGGUUGAUGAUGCUGGUAGCGCUCCAUCUACAUCUAACCCUUUACACCAUCUUAUUGAGGGCGGCGUUUCUACCUAUUUUGUUCCUAGGCGCAGUGGGAACAAUGUCUUCAACCUCUUAGCACAAAGAGAGGUGGCUCCUCGAACAAAGCGUUCGUCAAAUAAGUUAUGGGGUGAGCGUUUAGAGGGUUGUUUUGAUACUAUGGGUGGAAGGGAUGCCAGACGUGGUCUUGUUUCAUGGGUCGAGGCGGAAUCCUUGCGUCAUUUGUCCGCUAAGUAUUGCCCUUUGCCGCCUCCUAGGUCAACAAUUGCAGCAGCCUUUAGUCCAGAUGGGAAGACUCUUGCUUCCACGCAUGGUGAUCAUACUGUAAAGAUAAUUGAUUGCCAAAGUGGAAAUUGUAUGAAGGUACUAAGUGGGCAUCGAAGGACACCUUGGGUGGUAAGAUUCCAUCCGACAUGCCCUGGCUUACUUGCUAGUGGAAGUCUGGAUCAUGAAGUUCGACUUUGGGAUGCUAAUACAGCAGAAUGUAUUGGGUCACGGGAUUUUUAUCGACCAAUUGCUUCUAUUGCUUUCCAUGCCCAGGGGGAGCUGCUUGCUGUGGCUUCUGGACACAAGCUGUACAUUUGGCACUACAAUGAAAGAGGAGAAAUGGCAAAUCCUGUUGUUGUCCUAAAGACUCGACGCUCAUUGCGUGCUGUUCACUUCCAUCCACACGCUGCACCUUUUUUGUUGACGGCCGAGGUGAAUGACCUCGAUUCAUCAGAUUCAUCAAUGUCACUUGCUACUUCUCAAGGUUAUGUGCGAUAUCCACCUCCUACUGUAUAUGUGACUAAUGCCCCUGCUUCUGAUUGGUCUAGUUCGACCGAGGAGCUUCCUUUCAUAUCCCUUCCUUUUUUGAUCUUACCGCCACUCUCCAGAAAUGACGGAAGAACAUCUUUUCAGCAUUCAGAUGGAUCUGCAGGUUCAAAUAGUAUGCCACAGAGGUUUGGUCCUUCUUCUUCUGUAAGGUUGCUGACAUAUUCCACCCCAUCCGGACAGUAUGAACUUUUGUUAUCUCCUAUAGAAUCUGGCAAUUCCCCAUCUGUUGUUCCAGACGAUACAAGGCCUGAUAGAUUAGGUGAGAUUGAAACCACUGUUUCUGAGUCGGUCGUUGAUGAUAUGGAGACAUCUGAUAUACAGCCUGAAGAGAGAAGUACACAAUUUUUUCCUUUUGGGGACCCUGCUUACUGGGAUUUACCAUUUUUACAAGGAUGGCUAAUAGGUCAGAGCCAAGCAGGACAACACAUGAUACGUCCUAUAAAUCCCAAUUCUCAGGAACCUUCUUCUGGGCAAAGUGAGAUGUUAAACCAGGAUCUAGUGACUUCGUCAGCAAUAGAAUUGGGUACAUCCUAUGCUAGGGGUGGCAGUCGACCCAGUUCUCGACACCGUUCAUCUCGUUCUCGUGGAGCAGCUAGUACUCCUAAUGUAGAAGCAGGUGGUAUUUCACAGGAUGAUGGUGAUUCACAGCCCGUCAUUAGCCGAAUUCAAUCUGAGCUUGCCACAUCACUAGCAGCUGCUGCGGCAGAGUUACCGUGCACCGUGAAGCUUAGAAUAUGGCCAUAUGAUGUAAAAGAUCCCUGUGCCGCUCUUGAAGCAGAUAAAUGCCGUUUGAUUAUCCCACAUGCCGUCCUAUGUAGUGAAAUGGGUGCCCAUUUUUCUCCUUGUGGAAAAUUCUUGGCAGCUUGUGUUGCAUGUAUGCCGCCGCAAUCAGAAGGUGAACCUGGCUUACAGAUGCAGGCUCAACACGAUGUUUCAGGAGUUGCUACUUCACCAACAAGGCAUCCAAUCUCAGCUCAACCAGUUAUGUAUGAGCUGAGGAUAUAUUCCUUGGAGGAGGCAACGUUUGGGCUAGUACUUGCAUCACGGGCUAUAAGAGCUGCUCAUUGUUUGACAUCAAUUCAGUUCUCACCUACAUCGGAACACUUGCUGCUUGCUUAUGGAAGACGCCAUAAUUCUCUCCUCAAAAGUAUUGUCUUUUACAGAGAGACUACGGUCCCUGUUUACACUAUUUUAGAGGUUUACAGAGUUUCUGAUAUGGAGCUUGUGAGAGUCCUUCCUAGUGCGGUGGAUGAAGUCAAUGUGGCUUGCUUUCAUCCUUCAGCUGGUUGCGGUCUUGUCUAUGGAACUAAGGAGGGGAAGCUUAGGAUUCUUCAAUAUGAUAGUUCCAUUAGCUCAAGCUGUACGUCUCCAUGCUUUCCUGAUGAAAAUUUGGUGGAGGUACCAUCACAUGCUUUAGAAUGCUAGUGUCAGAAAUAACUCACAUCUGAGCAUGGACAUUCAAAUCAAAGUAUCGAAAAACGUUCCUACGUUGCUUGAAUUGUGAGGUUAUUUAUUUGCUGUUGUAGUCUGCUAACACCGAAGAUAUUCUAAGAGCUGCUGUCAUGAAUGUAAUCUCUGUUACAACUUGCCGAAAUGGCACAAGAUAGUUUCUUAGGUCGAACUUCAGUGCAAAUACGGUAGGGGCAGAUGUUAUGCUACUGCUAGGUGCUGUAUAAAAUCAGAUUUGACAGACUAUGAGCAGUUGAGCACCCAGGAAUCAUGAUGAAGGUAUUAGUUGUAUGUUUGUUGAUUUAAGAUUGCCCUUAAUUAGUGGUGGUUAAUGGUUAUUGUAGGAAUGCUUUUCCAUAUAUAUUUUCUUGUACUUUUGUUUACUUGAAAAAGAAAAUGUAAAAAAUAUGUUGUUACCAACAUGGAACUUGUUCUAUUCUGGCAAUUAGUUCUGAAAUGGACCUUUUGGGAUUUUUUUUUUUUUUUUUUUUUGUGUUAU